UAUUUCUCUAAAUCUCUCUCUCACGACCACAAUAGGCACAUAUACACACACACACAACCAUGGAAGGAGUAGCAGAGCAGAUAUAUUUGCCGCCGGGGUUCAGGUUCCACCCCUCUGAUGAGGAGCUGGUUCUCCAUUAUCUCCUCCCCAAGACUCUGGGCAUGACUUUUUCCUCCAAUGUAAUUGCAGACAUCAACCUCUAUAGAUAUGAUCCAUGGGUCCUACCUGGGAAGGCUUUGUUAAUUGAUUCCGAGAACGAAUGGUAUUUCUUUACCCCAAGGGACCGCAAGUACCCAAAUGGCUCACGGCCGAACAGAAGCGCUGGCUCUGGCUUUUGGAAGGCCACCGGCACAGACAAGACGAUAACAUCCGGUGGGCAGAAAGUUGGCGUAAAGAAGUCGCUCGUCUUCUACAUUGGGAAGCCAUCCAAUGGCUCUAAGACCAAUUGGAUCAUGCAUGAGUACAAGGUGCAUCUUGCCGGUGAAAAUGACAGCUUUCCCCAAAACAAGGAACCGAUCCGAACGGAUGAUUGGGUCUUAUGUAGAAUUUACAGGAAGAAUCAGAACUCCCUCCAAAGACCAACAAGGCGACACUCAGAGGAAGAUGCUGAAGCUACCCCUUCCUUCAAAGGGUGCAUGUUUUCAUCCGUUCCACAUGCUGAUCAGCAGCUUGCAGGGGGCUCACUGCCACAAGAAAUGCCAACAUAUUUGCCAAACAGCGUACUUAAUUAGUACGGCUGAUGAUGGAGGUAGAAGCAACCACAGCAAUUAUACACCGUUCUUCGGCUCCCUGGUGCAUGGCAGCUCCACAGGAUAUGGCUAUUUACUAUGACUUUGAGGAUUGAAAAUAAAUCCUGCAACACUCUCUAUUGAGUACCUUUUUUUUCCUUAUAGAAACACUUUACAAUUUGUGGAGCGUUCUAUAGCACUUGAUUGUAUACUUCUAUUGGUCAUGAAAGUCCAGUAGACGUAACCUUGUUGUCUACCUCCUGUGGGGGCCAUGGCCCCUCUGUGUUCUGAAAAAGUAAAAUUUGCAAG